AUGCCCGCGACCGCGACGUGCGUCUCGUGCGAGACCGAUCGAUCGAAUUAUAAGUGUCCGACGUGCCGCGCGCCGUAUUGCUCGGUGAAGUGCUUCAAAACGCACAGAGAGACGCCGUGCGCAAAACCUUCCGUCGCCGAACCCGCGGUGGAGAAGCCGGCGGCGGAGAUCGAGAGAAACGCUCCGGUGAGACGAUUUGAGGAAGAUUCGGAGGACGAGCUCGGGUCGCGACUUCGACGCGACGCGUUGGAGCGAAUCGCGACGAGUGAGCGCGUUCGGGAGCUGCUGAGAGAUAGUCGGAUACGCGCGGUGGUGCGAGCGAUCGACGACGCGCAAGACGGCUCGCGGGCGUUGGAGUUGGCGAGGGAGGAUCCGGAGUUUCGCGCGUUUACAGAGACGCUCCUGGACCAGUUGAACUAG